UUACUUCCUCCAGCACAGAGAUAAUUUUAUUGAAAUAGCGCAACACUUAUACUAGAUGGCACUCACAUAUUGAUAUUGUGGUUUGACUGGUUUGACUCAUCUUGACUUAACAGUGAUCUUAAUCAUUAGAAUUCAAUUUAGUUUCUUUGACUCAUUCUUCUCAUUUUCGUGCAACUGAGUACUGUGUUACUUUGAUAUAAGAAAUUCGUUCAAUGGACAUCAAAACGUUUGUAUCUCAGCGCAGUGCUGUCUUCGCUGAGCUGGAUAAACUGCGAGAAGAGAUCUGGCAAAACGCAAGCGCCGAUGCAUACUUCCAGCGUCAGCAAAACAAUUCUGAUAAUGCAACGCCAGAGUUGAAAAGGAGAUUUUUCGAAGUGAUGCGCAAUAUUGCUAAAGAAAUAAACGGCGCUACGCAGUUCAUAAAUGAUAUUGAAGUGCGCAGGAAUAACGGACAUCGUGCACCACCGCCGCGAGUUCUCGAUUUAUGUAUGGCUCCUGGCGGAUUUUCGGAAGAAGUGCGUCAGAGUCUAAGUCCACUCUCUGAGUUCAAUGGUAUCACCCUUCCACGCAAACUUGGUGGACAUAUUCUAUUGUUGGAGCACAGUACCAGACUGAAAGUAGAAUUUUUGGAUAUAACAAUGCUUGCAGGAGAGAUGGGAUUUGCGAUGACCGACAUUCCGUUGGAUCACCCGGACCGUGAUUUGUUUCGUUUCGAUCGGCCGUUUUACGAUCAAAAAUACGACCUCAUACUCUGUGAUGGACAAGUUCUUCGCACUCACAAGCGAGAAGAAUACCGCGAAAAAACGGAGGCUGUGCGCUUGAGUGUGUCUCAAUUAGUCUUCGCAUUACAACAUAUGAAAAAGGGUGGUUCAUUCGUCAUGUUAUUGCAUAACGCCGAUGCAUCUCAUGUAUUCAAUCUAAUUUACAAAUUCCGCCAAAUUUCUGCCAGCAUACAGAUCUUCAAACCCACCAAAUAUCACACGAUACGGUCUUCUUUCUACCUUGUAGCAAAAGGUGUAAAUCCUCAGUCUGCUGAUGCGUUGCGAGCUGUCAAUGAAUGGAAAGAAAUCUGGGCUUCUUGUACAAUACAUAGGUGCGGAGAGGUACCACCAAUUUCUGAUGAGACUAUCCGUGAAAUUCUUGUUGACUUUGGUGUGGAAUUUAUUGAGUUGUGCGAACCCAUGUGGAAAGUUCAGGUUGACGCAUUGUCGCGUAAAUUAAAAAAUGGAUUCGACAAUUUCUUCAGAUUUUGAUUGAUAGUGUCUCCGUCUGUUUCAGUGGAUAUCUAAUUUCAGUUAUAGUUAAGAAAACAGUCAGUCAGUGCAUAAAAUUACUGAUAUGUGUGUCCCAACCAAAACUCGUUUUUAAGUCGGAGUCUUCACACUGCUGUUAUUUAAAGUUUAUUGAGCGUUAUAUUUAAGAAUUUAAUUUUUUUUCGAAGA